CACUUGCAGUCUGGUCCCAGGAGGGUGGGAGUCUCCUGGGGAAAGGAGGACAGACCUGCACUUCUGGGAGAAUGGGAGAAGUUGGGUGGAUAGUGGUGUUUGUGAUGACUUUCAUCAGCUGCAAUGCCCUCCCGGAUCUGUCUGGUGUCCACCAGGUCACGGGCACAUGGAUGGGAUCCACAACUGUACCGUGUACCUAUGUGUCUUCAGAAGGUUUCACACAGCAAACGCUCAGCUGGAGCGUGGAGCGGGACUCCAGCAUCUCCACCAUCUUCCGGAGGGAUGGCUCUGGUGACCACAUCUUGCUGGCUAAAUUUCGAGGCCGAGUCAGCGUCCCAAAGAACAGCCCAGGGGACGCCUCACUCCUCAUUGAGAACCUUGAAAUGCCUGACAAUGGACACUACACCUGUCAAGUCAUCUGGAGGUCUAGAGAUAAUAGCUUGAUAACAAGAGAGGUGACCACUACAGUCAAAGUUGUCAAAGUGGCAGCCACCAAGCCCAUCAUCAGAGCUGGAGAGCCGGGGCUGACGCUCCCGGCCGGGGCCAGCACCAGCCUGACCUGCGAGGCCCGCGGGUCCCCUCCCAUCAGCUACCGCUGGUUCCGGAGCGCCCCUGCGGGCAGGGCCGAGCUCCUGAGCACUGCGGCAGAGCUGGCGUGGCCCAGCCUGCGGCCCUCGGACAGCGGCACGUACUUCUGCGAGGCGGAGAACAGGGCCGGGGCCGGGGCCGUGCAGCGCAGCGAUGCCGUGCAGCUGACCGUGACAGAUCUGCUCACAACAACAGCAGCCUUGCAGAGGAAUGUGGGAACCAUAGGGGGACACCACUCAACCACAGGUCAGGGUGAGAGCGGUGACAGGGAGCACACUGUGACAGAUCCAGUCCCAACAACACAGGUCUCCAGGAUGGACAGUGCUCCAGUGGGACCUUUCACAGACACAGGUUCCCCGCGGGUCGCACCGUCCCCGCUGCUCUACGGGCUGGCGGCCGCGCUGGGCGGCGCCGCGCUGGGCGCGCUGCUGGCGGCCGCGCUGAGCUGGUGGCGGCGGCGCCGGAGGAAGGAGGAACCUCUCUAUGCAGUUGCUUUCCACAGCACUGCAGAUGUCGCCCUCCUGCCCACUGAGGUGGAAGUCCCUGUUAAGUGCCAACACGAGGAAAUGCGCUCUAAUGCUGAAAAAAACCCCAUGAAAGACAGGAAAAGUCCUGAGUAUGAGAACCUUGUGACUGCAAUGGAAUCACAAUAUGAAACCGAAGGAAUUUAGUAAAGCACCAGCUUUUCCACAUAAGCAGCCACGCAGGGCUGCAGGUACUGAAUAGUGAACUUAACAGAAGGAAACUCUUCCUCCUGUUGUCCCUCUCUUCUGCUCUCACUGCUUGAUUUAACCCAGAGGAGCUGCAUAACCUUUUGGUCUUUGGCAGACCAGGCCCUGCCUGUGGGAGCAGAAAAUCCGCAGCCAACUGUUUGUCUACCCACUUCUAUAGAGCAAGUUGUUUCUGAGCAACCUGAAGGACCGAGGGCAGGAAGAGAGGAUCUGAAGGACUGAGAACAUGAAAUUCUUUAGCAUGUAAAUCCAGAAGUAGUUGGCGCAAUACUGCUAGUCAGUAACACUAGCAAGAGGUACUCUCCAAUGUGUGUUCCUGUUAAGACAUCCCAGACUGCAAGGAACCAGGAUUGUGUUGGGAAUGGAGACCCUCUGGCUUUUGCAGCUCAGCAAAUACUGGUUGUA